GUUUUGUUUGUGAAGUGAAUUCGAUAAUAAGAUUGAGAUCUUCUUCAUCUUGUGCGGUGGAGUGACAGGAGAAAGGCGAAAGCCAUGGGUCGUAUGCACAGUCGCGGAAAGGGUGUUUCUUCCUCUGCUUUACCAUACAAGAGGACUCCCCCUACCUGGCUCAAGAUCUCUUCCCAAGACGUGGAAGAGAAUAUCUGCAAGUUCGCGAAGAAGGGUUUGACGCCGUCUCAGAUUGGUGUGAUUCUCCGAGACUCUCACGGCAUUGCUCAGGUGAAGAGCGUCACUGGCAACAAAAUUCUCCGCAUUCUCAAAGCUCACGGACUGGCCCCUGAGAUUCCAGAGGAUCUUUACCAUAUGAUAAAGAAAGCGGUUUCAAUACGGAAGCAUCUGGAGAGGAACAGAAAGGAUAAGGAUUCAAAGUUCAGGCUCAUCCUCGUCGAGAGCAGAAUCCACCGUCUUGCUCGUUAUUACAAGAAAACUAAGAAGCUCCCCCCUGUGUGGAAAUAUGAAUCAACAACUGCCAGCACCUUGGUUGCUUAGGGAAUGUUUCAGCCCCUGCUGCGUUGCCGUGGCUAGGUUGCUAGACUAGCAAUCUGUGGUGCCAUUUCUAGAUUAAUCUGGAAGCUAGGUGGGCUACUCGGUGUCUUAUUUUUUGUUGAGAAUCUCUGAUUAGACAGAACAUUAGUUUACGCUAUUUUGACUGCAGUUUAUGGUUUUUAUUCUAAAAUUUAUUAAACUUGAAAAGUUA